CGCGAAUCGGGUUUCUUUCCCCGGACUUUCAUUUAUAAUGAUCAGCGGAAGCAACCUACUGCAAUUUCGGCCUAGGCCUCCCGCCCUUGCGCCCUUCGAGAAGAAUAUUCCUCACGCCUCAAUCAUCAUCUUGAUUUGAGCUUCUCCUUCACCACUACUUGCAACAACAGUGCUCGACGAGUGCCCUCAUCUUAUUGGAGACUAUUGCGAACGCACGAACUGUGCUUAUACCAUCGAUAUGACGAAUGCCGUAGAAACGCUCGACCUUACGAGGCUCGAUCAGACAGUACUCCGCGUAUACGUCCGCCAGCUACUCAUCUUCCCGUUCCCUGAUCCAGCAUUUAGGAAGGAUGCUAGUGCAAUACUGGCUGCUGCACUGCUGGCAACAUUCAAGCAGUUUCCCUUCCUCGUUGGAACCGUUGAGCAGACUGAUCCUGCUACUGGCGCUAUGACUGUACGAUAUCCUAAGACGGUCGACUCGGAACUCGUGUCAAGGCUACUUACUACCAAUACGCUGGACAGGGAGGAAAUGGAUUAUCAGUCACUUUGUGAAGCUGGCAUACCGCCAUUCAGGCUACCUGCUAACGACCUAUGCCCAUUUGCGAUGCGAUCGCACCCCGGGAUUGAUGACACAUAUGCUGAGGUCCUUACAACAUUUUCGAAAAAACUGCCGAUACCUGUCUUCGCUGCACAAAUAAACUUCAUCCCGGGCGGACUCGUCUUGAGCGCAUACACGCAUCACUGCGUCGUUGACGGUACCGGAAUCGCGACAAUUUAUGAAGUAUGGAGCGGAAACACUCGGAGCUACGACAGAGGAAUGACAAGCACGCGACAAGCCAACGUCCAUGAGCUGAGUGCUGCGCGGCAUGCGUUGGACACCUUGAUAGCGGACGCAAAGCCGAUGAACCUUUCUGUAUUUCGAUUCCCAGGUGAUCCCAUGCCUCCGCCGCUGCGCGACACGCCGUUCAACGUUAGCGCCAAACUACUUGUAUUUUCGGCGCCUACAGUAUCGAAGCUGGCGGCCUCACUCUCGUCUAUCACUGGUCAGCGUAUCUCUAACUUCACAGCGCUCGCAUCCUUCAUAUGGUGCCAAGCAACAAACGCACGCAGAGCAGCCAUAAUGGCCAAAGGCAUAGAGAAAACAACACUCGGUAUUGCAACCGACCACCGAAAGCGCGUCGGCAGUCUCCUUCCAAAGGACUACCUGGGUAAUGUCGCAAAUGGUAUGAUAGUCUCCGUGCCACUAUCGUCGAUCCCAAAUUCUGGAAGCAUGAACGCGGAGGGCAUAGCAGUCGUUGCCCUUGCGCUCUCGAAUGCACUAGCUGGGGUAGAUUUGGACUGGUUCAGAGCAAUUUUGCUGGAGAUGGCGAAGCAGAAGAAUUCUUCGAAGCUUAUGUUGAAUUGCAAUACCAUGAAUGGGCCUGAUAUCUUCAUUACAAGUUGGCAGCACAUUGGUGCUGACACUGUAUGGGCGAUCCCUGGCACGGCAAAGGAGCAGAAUGGGGAGGGAUGGGCUAGCAAGCCGACUGCUAUCCGCAAACCGCACAAUCUAUGGGAAGGUGGCAUGCAGAUCCUGCCGCGAAGAAAGGGGGAUGAUGCGCCUUAUGAGAUUCCACUGUGCUUGGAGGAAGGAGACAUGGAGAGGGUGCUGCACAGCCUGCAAGAAGGGAAUUGGGUUGAGCGGGUGAUUGAAGCUUGAUUAUGCCUCCUGAGAGUGCACUCUCUACGAAAACACUUCUUUCAUAGAAUCAAGAACAGCAAGAGAGCUGCGAUGCCCAAGGAAGCCCACAACAACUUGUCUUCGAACGGCAGGCAGUCUGUGCUGCUGGUGUCCUCUUAGGUCUCCAGUGCCAGCAUGUUCUCCUCAUCUUGCUGACCUCUACGGACAAGGCCGUAGCUUGAAACAGCAAUUUCUGGGUCGCUCAUAUCGCGUACGGACCACUCUGAGAGCUUCUUGAGGGCGUAAUUGAGGAUCUCGUGAAGUGGAGUGGGCUGUACUGCAACUUAGCAUCAGAUAUUCACGACUAGUCGAAUACUCACUAUGGUGUACGCGUACAUCAUAGAGAGCGAUGACUAAAGAUUUGAAGGAUGAGAAAAUGUUGAUUGUUGAGAGUCG